AUAACAGUUAUACCAGAAGCAGAAGAAUUGAGAAAUCAUACUUGAAAUCAUAAGUAACAUCAUCACAUCAAAAAGUUUUGUCUGAUAAAUUCAUAUUAUUGGAGAUUUGUUCGGACAAAGGUUUCUCCGGACUCCACAAUGAAUUACUUUCACCGCCCUGCUUCUGCUUCAAAAGCUCAAGCUCAAGCUUCGACUUCACAAUCUCUCCUCAAUUCCUCCAGAUCCCAUCCUCAACCAAAUAUGCAGAACCAUCGGCAACAAGAGGAGUCAUCUACAGCGGCAGUGGCUUCUCCAUCCGAAUCUAAGAAGCCAAGGAAGAAGAAGGUUCUGUUGAUGGGAAAAUCAGGUUCCGGGAAGAGUUCCAUGAGAAGCAUUAUCUUUUCGAACUAUGUCGCAAAGGAUACAAGACGAUUGGGUGCAACAAUUGAUGUCGAUCUUAGCCAUGUCAAGUUUCUGGGAAAUUUAACACUGAAUCUGUGGGAUUGUGGAGGGUAAGUUCUUAUCAUCUCAUGUUUUUGAGCUUCUAAUAAACAGAGAGGCCGGACAGCUUCCUCCGCGAGUUGCAUUGGAACCUUGGUAGAUCCUGCAAGAUAUUAUAUUACCUUAGCCUUGUAAUGCUGCUCGCAAAUUACCGACAUCUGACUCCUUGUCGGCAUAUUUUUUGCUGCGAUUUAAUUUUAGGCUCAAUAUGGCUAACAAAAAAGCUAGGCAGGAUGCAUUCAUGGAAAACUACCUCUCCCAGCAACGUCAACAUGUCUUCUCAAGCGUCGGUGUACUCAUAUACGUUUUCGAUAUUGAAUCUCGAGACUUUGACCGCGACCUUUUAACAUAUCGCUCGAUCAUCACAGCCCUCACUCAAUUCUCACCAACCGCAAGCAUUUACGUCCUGGUACACAAAAUGGAUCUUGUCCUUCCGAACCAACGUGAAAACAACUUCCAUGAAAAAAUAUCAUCCGUCCGAUCCAAAUCAGAAUCUUUCAAUAUCGUACCAUUUGCAACAUCUAUUUGGGAUCAAUCACUUUAUAAAGCAUGGGCGGAAAUUAUCCAUGAUCUAGUUCCAAAUCUAGGAGAAAUAGAAAGACAUCUCUCUUCACUCGGAACUAUCAUUGAAGCUGAGGAAGUGCUCUUAUUCGAGCGUUCCUCUUUUCUUGUUGUUUCAAGUUGGACAUCGCCAGAAGGGGAAACAAAUCCUACAACGGAUCGUUUCGAGCGCCUUUCGAAUAUCAUCAAAAACUUUAAACAAAGCACUUCUCGUUAUACCGGUACACCCAAAUCCGCAGAACAGUUUAGCCUGUUUGAGUUGAAGAUGCCAAACUUUUGCAUGUUCGCUGUUAAAUUUACAACUAAUACCUAUCUGGCAGCCAUCCUUCCACCUGGAGAGGAACGAUUUAAUUGUGCUCUAGAGAAUGCGAAGAUUGCUGCGAGAGACUUCGAAGAGCUUGACAGUCCAGCGAGGAAAAGUGCUGAUAGAGGAGCAACAAUUACUGAGGCUGGGGUUAUUUAAACAGAAUAUGUGGUUCAAUUGAUAGAUAGAUGGUACCUUCAGACAUGAUGAUAUGACUUGAUGGAAAUGGGUGAUGGCAUGGCGUUGGAUUCCGGAAUACCCUUGGCGUUUUAUGUAUAAGUAUACUUGCGAGUGGGCGGCUGAAGGGCAUACUAUGUGGUCGGAUAUGAGUUUUACUUGAAGUUUUGAUGCUGAUUGUACUGUACUGUGAUACGAAGUUUACGUCCAAUCUGGCGUGAUACCAUAUUGUACAUAUUCACAUGAGGCAAUAAAUCAGGGCCAAUCAAGAGUGUCAUAAUUUCAAAAGAAUUGUUGAAGCUGAUC